CCUAGACUAAUAUGUACUGUAUCCAAUAAAGGAAAAGGCGCGCAAGGCUACAGUCUCAAAUCUCAAUAGACCUGCUGCAGCCAAAAGCCACAAAAACCAAAUUUAAAGCGCCAAUUUCAAUUUCGUUUCCCAAAAUCAGCCCGUUGCCAUUCUUACUUCUCUCGCCUGAAGCGAGAACUCACAAACAUCUCCUGCAAUGAGAACUCGGUUUCUCAACGUCGAUUACUUCUCUUCUUCUCCGGUCGAAACCUCAAGCUUCCUCAAUCUCCCAGUCCCUCACCUUCUCCCUUAUCGCGUCCACGAUCUCAACGAAGCUUUCCUUCGCUUCGACUCUCUCCUCGACGUCUCUCUUGAGAUCGAGCCAUUGCCGAUCAACUCUGCUCUUUCAAAAUUCAUCUCGGAAGUGAUUCCUCACUUCAUCGAUGUCGAUUUUAGCGAGUUCGAGGUCAAUCGGUCUCCGAGUGGAAACGGUUGCUUCGAUGAUCACGUGAAGUUUAGCUCUGGAAGUGUUGGUCAUGGAUUCUAUGAGAAAGGAUCCAUGGUUGGUUAUGAAGUGAAGGAACUGCAGGGUCAGAGAAGUUUUAUAUCUGAAUUUCUAGAGAAUGAUAAUGAGACCGCAGUUGAUAAUAAAGAUUCACCAACGUUUGAAGUAAUUGGAUUUGAGAUACCAGAGCUGGAUUCAUGCCUGGACAAAACUUGCUUUUCUGAGAAAGAAAUUGAGGCAUUCUCUGAAGUUCCAGAUAUUGAACAUGAUCCUGAUAUGCUCAAGAUAGGACUUAUAGUGCAGUACCCCGACAAGAUUCAAGAAUCAGUUGAUUCAGUCGAAUAUGUUGCUUUAGACUACAAUAUGGAGCAAAAUGCUUAUAUUUUGGAGGAUGAAAAUUUUCUUGGAAACCAAGCCCAUUCACUACAUUGCACAUUUCCCACUUUGGAGGUUGAUGAGUUUAUCCUGAAAACUUUAACUAGUCAGUCUGUGGAGGAUGUCUUUCUAUCAGUUUUUAAAUAUAUGGAAUCCCAACUUCCCACUUCAGAAGAGAAUCAGCCAACUAACAGCAAGGAGCUUUUGGGUUCUAUUGAGAAUGAUUUUUUGAAGCUACUUUCUGAUGGUUGUUUAUCAAAGCAAUUUCCUGAACCAGAGCAAGCAUUACUGGACUUCUUCACAGAUAUGGACCUUGUAAGCUUAGUAGAAAUUCAACAGAUGGAAAGGAACUUUAGAUUUGAUGAAGGGAUGUCUGAUGGUGGUUGCUUUUGGUACACGAACUCAAUUAUUUUUGAGGAAUUUCAGAUGCUUGAAAGCAAUUCAUCUAAACCUUUUGAAGUCUUUUUGAACAAACAAACUAUUCAUGAACCAGAAAUAUAUGAUUGGCUGUUCAGGGAGGAUAUGAGCUUAAAGAAUUUCAAUGAAUUGAUUGUUAGUCCUGAAUUAUCACACAUAGAUGACAUGUUCAAAUCUCUGCCUGUACCAGUUCUCUCUGAUCAUGCAAGGUCAAGCUCACUUUGUGCAUUUGCUGAGGAAUUACUAUCUGAGUUAAAGCCACUGCCAUUGUUUGCAUCCGAUGGGAUAUACUUGGACUGGCAUAUUUUGGAGGAAGACAAAUGCAAAAAUGGGAUUCAGCUGGCCUUUCAGAAUAUGGUGGAGAAGAUGGAUUUGUAUAGCAUUGAUUUUGGCUUGGAAUCCUCUGAGGAUCAGAAGUUGGUGUCUGAUUUCAUUUUCUCUGAUAAUGGCUUGAAUAAAUCAAUCACAGAACAAUAUGAGGAAGUACUGAACAGGGGUUCUGAUGUUAUUUCUUUGCUUAAUGGUGAUAAUAUAGUAGAUCUAUCAGUUAAUUUUCUAGAUAGUUGGUAUUCUGAGCCAGGAAGUGGAGAAGAACUCGCGGGAAAAGAUGCCAAGAGGGCCUCAAUGCCGUCCAAAUUUAUGCCACAAUUCAGUGAUCUUGACUUCUUUCUAAAUCCUGAGAAAGCUGGUGCAGAAGAAAAUGCUGAAUCUGCAAUUAAGGAAUUUGGUUUUAAUGCUACAUUGCCCAAGGCUUCAAACAAUGACUCAGUUGCACUAUGUGCAUCUAAUGGUGCACAACCACAGCAUUGGGAUAUCAUAUUCUACAACAUAAAAUUGUCUGACUGCAUUGUGGCUCUCAUUGACUACUUUGAAAAGAGCUAUCUGGCCAUUUUACAGAAUGAGACGGAGCUAAACACAUUUUUCCCUGAAGAUAAUUUUAUAUUGCUCAGUAUUCCUAAGCAAAAGCUAAUGGAGUGUGUUAAGAAGAAAAUUACACGAAAAGCUACUUCUCCUGGAGAUGAAGAUAUUAUGGCAUUUGUUACCCUAUCUGCAAUUAAACAAAUGGCUUGGUACUUGUGUUUCUAUGGCAUCCGUACAACUCAUCUAUACAUUGAUAAGUUAUGUCGAAGCCUGGGCUGCUUGAAAUCGAGACUAGAUUUCCUCCACUCUGUGAUUCACAAUGCAUAUGAAAUGGUUGACAGAGAAAUAACCAGAUCACAUCCUUCACUCUCUGUUAUCCAGGAAAUUCUACAGCCAAACACCUCUCAUGGUAGUUUGAAGGCAUUGAUUUUGGCUGAUCGAGUUUUCUGGUGCUGCUUGAAGAAGUUGUUGAUAUCAAUGGGAUUAUCAUGUAACGAGCUACUGACUUUCUAUCCAAACGCUAAUCCACCAGAUACCCACGGCCCUUGUGAGCACGUGAACGUUAAAAUGGAUAUCCAGCUGACUUCUGAUUGUUUGUUGGUAUCUCACGAGCAUGUCUCUGCAUCUUUUCCAUUCCACAAGUUUAAUCUUAUUCUGGAAUAUGGAGGUCCAUGUGGCUCAUCUAGAGUAUCUUCUAUUUCCCCAAAGUUGGUUGGCUUGCCUCAUCUGCACUUCUUAAAGGUGGAACUACGAGAAUUUGGUGCAUCUAGAGCACUCUGUGAAGGUGUUGAUAUGCCUCAGGAUGCCAAAAUGGCUGUGGAAGGAGAUUCUGAUUCAACCCUGGUCCUGGAUGAUGAUAUGAGUCACCAGAAGUUGGAGGAACUUCUGAACUUUGUCCCUAUAGAGGGCAUGUGUACUAAGAUCUCUGAGGUACCUGCUGCUAAAAGAAAAGCCCAAUAUAUUCCUCCUAGUGUUUCUUGUUCUCAACCGGUAGAAGAAACCAAGCACACUGAGCAGAGAGUGGUGGAUACAGUCAUUGUUGUGAAUACUCAAAAUUUUGAUAAGGAAAUGAUAAUAUCCAGACGAAGAACAUAUCAAAAAAUUCUUGCAAUGGAGAAAGAAGGAGCUCAGAUUCUGGAGCGUGAUUCUGAUCUGCCUGUGGAUGUAAUUAUUAGUUCAGCAAUUUCCCUAGUGUGGUACAAUUGCAGAAACAUUGGAAAGAAAGCAACUGGUAUAGACGAAGUGCCGUCAAGUUUGCCUUUGUGCAUCGAGAAUAUUGCAGCAAACGUUUUAAUGUUGCUGAGUUUCAGUUUCAGUGGCUGUUUCAUGGUCUUUGAAGGAGAAAUUGGCUUCCUUUCUACUAUAAUGGAAUCCUCAGCUGGACUUUACGCAGCAGCAGCAAGUCUGGGAAUUGAUUUUCAGCUAUUUUGCUCCGAUUCAUCUGAGUUAACGGAUGAAAUUAUAUUGAACUGCAUAAAAUAUGCUGCUAAGUUGACUAGGAGCCCAUAUCCAAGGAUGCCUGAGUCAGAAACUCUUGCUGAAUCAUUCCUUACAAGGUUUCCUUCGAUCAAUCCUUUGACAGCUCAUGCAAUACUUUCUUCAGUUGGAAUGCUCAUUGAGUUUCUUGAGUGGUCACAUGACCUCAGGGCAUGCGCGAUACAAAACUACUCUGUGCCUGAUGAGAGCAUUGCUCUGUUUGUUGCUUUGUGCAAGUAUGGUGAGCGAGAGGAUGCAAAAUCUAUAAUGACAGACUCUUCUUCAGCAUCUUCUUGUCUUGACUCUGAUAAGUGCCUUGUUAAUGUUGAUUCUCAAAGCAAAAGACAAAAAUACAACUGUAGCCCUAAGAAAAUUGACAUAAGUAUGGAUGACUUAAUGCAUUUUGACCCAAUGAAUCAAUGCAAUGAUGAUUUCCUGAUACCUGCUGGACUCUCAAAGGAAAAUGAGUCUUGGAUGUCUAAAGAUCAUGACACAUUGCAGGGGUACAAGAAGCCUGGUUUGCCCCUGAAUAAUUUGUUUGGUCCAAAGCAGGAGUUUGGUUUUACUGAAAUGGAGAGUCCCCAGAUUUUAAGUAAAGUGAUUUACAUCACUGAUAGUCCCUUGAAAGGGGAAGACCUCUCUUACAUUGCUAGAUCUCUGAAUUUCUCAUCUUUUGUGCCUGAGAUGGAAAAGGAUUCCGCCAGAAAGUCUAAAACAGUGAGAAGAUUAUCAUUUGAUCAUAGCAGUCACCUGAGUUUCCCAACUGCUCGUGAGUCUGGUUCAGAUGUAUUCACGCCUUUAAAAUAUCCUAGACAAAGUUUCCAAGUAACCAAUGAUCGGCGAGAUACAGGUUAUAACAGUGAUAAGUUGCCCCUUAAUUACCAAGAAAACCUCUUAGAGGAGGCUUUAGCUCAGGGAUCUAAAAGUUGCAGAGGGUCACUGUUCGAAAAAGAAGCAUCAAGUCCUGGAGGAACUCUGCUGUCAAAGGCCAUUCUUUCUGCCCAUCCGCAGCCUGGGUCACCAUGGACAAUAGAAUUUCUCAACAGAAUAAGAGAAAAGAGCAGAUUACGGCAGCAGUCCCUUCCACCUGAUACAUCUCUCUCAGAUUUGGGGUUAUUCGGAAAGACAUCUAAAGUUCAUAAGAGAAGAAAUCCUUCCAUUCUUGAUUUUUUCAAAUACCAAGGGGGUAGCACUCCAUUUAGUCCUCAAAAAAUACCAGAAGAAAAGAAGCGGAAACUGAAUCAGCAACCGUCAAGCUCAUCUGAGGACAAAAAAUCCUCACCUUCCCUUCCUCCAACAUGGACACGCAUUGCUAAGAGAGGAAGACCGACUCUAUCUUUUACAUUGGAUGGGAGUGGAAAUCAAACUAAGCUGGUUUGGAGCAAUGGAACUGCCCAUGCUUCCAGCAAAAAGUAUGGUAAUAAAUAACUGGAAUGAAAACAAACGGACUAAAGGAGCGCAAAGGGUACAGGUUCGGGAUCAUUUACAAAAUCAAAAGUUGGAUCUUAUAUACCUUCUUUUUCUGGGCCAGAAAAUAGAAAUGAUAUAUAUGUAGUUCAAACCUCUCUUUUAGAUGGGAACAUGCGCUUCACCAACUGACCUACGAGUGCAACCGCAAGCAACAAUGAUAUUUAGACAUUCUUAAUUUUGUUUACAUUAUGAGCCUACUCUUUAAUGAUGGCGUGAACUUCAUGCUGUUUCCACAAUGUUUCUUCUGCUAUAUAUCUAGAUUGGUUACAUCAAGUCAGCUCCAACAUCAGUUACCCUCUUCCUGCCAUAUAUAUUCUAGUUGGGCAGCAAGAUUAAAUUGACUAGGUUGAG